GUCACUUCUAGAAGCAUUCCACCCUCACGCCAGUGAUGACUGGGGCUUUUCUGGCCUGAUAAAUUCCAGAAGCCACAGCAACCCAGACAAGCAGAGUCCCUGGUGAUGGCCCACAGGCACUGGGAGCAGGACGGACAGAUCUCUCCUGCAGCCAGCACAGGCCCCCUGUCUACCUCAGUAUUAUGCUCUGGAGCCAAGUUAGGUGAGGAUGCGUCAACAGACCCAAAUAUAGACUCAGGACUUUACAAACUGAAUGGCAUCUCCUAGGACUAAACAAGAAAGUCACACUAAUAAGCAUCCUCUAGGUUUUCAGCAGAAACAAGGAAGGGGCGGGAGCUGUUUACACUCCUGCUGGACCAACAGGCCAGGGAGAGAUAUAAAAGCCGACAGCCCAGAGCACCUAACACACACUCACACACACACACACACUCACCCACUCACUCCCAUCUGCCCCAGCUCAACCCCAGCAUGGCCGCGUCCACCAUGUCCGUCUGCUCCAGCAACCUGAGCUACGGCAGCCGCGUCUGCCUGCCCGGCUCCUGUGACUCUUGCUCCGACUCCUGGCAGGUGGACGACUGCCCAGAGAGCUGCUGCGAGCCCCCCUGCUGCGCCCCCAGCUGCUGUGCCCCGGCCCCCUGCCUGACCCUGGUCUGCACCCCAGUGAGCUGUGUGUCCAGCCCCUGCUGCCAGGCGGCCUGUGAGCCCAGCCCCUGCCAGUCGGGCUGCACCAGCUCCUGCACGCCCUCGUGCUGCCAGCAGUCUGGCUGCCAGCCAGCUUGUUGUACCUCCUCCUCCUGCCAGCAGGCCUGCUCUGUGCCUGUCUGCUGCAAGCCCGUGUGCUGCGUGCCCACCUGCUCUGAGGGCUCCUCUUCAUGCUGCCAACAGUCUAACUGUGUGAGCUGUGUGUCCAGCCCCUGCUGCCAGGCAGCUUGUGAGCCCAGCCCCUGCCAAUCAGGCUGCACCAGCUCCUGCAUGCCCUCAUGCUGCCAGCAGUCUAGCUGCCAGCCAGCUUGCUGCACCUCCUCCCCCUGCCAGCAGGCCUGCUGUGUGCCCCUCUGCUACAAGUCUGUCUGCUGCAAACCUGUCUGCUGUGUGCCCACCUGCUCUGAGGAUUCCUCUUCAUGCUGCCAGCAGUCUAGCUGCCAGCCAGCUUGUUGUACCUCCUCCCCCUGUCAGCAGGCCUGCUGUGUGCCUAUCUGCUGCAAGUCCAUCUGCUGCAAGACCGUGUGCUGUGUGCCUGUCUGCUCAGAGUCCUCCUUUUCAUGCUGCCAGCAGUCUAGCUGCCAGCCAGCCUGCUGCACCACCUCCUGCUGCAGACCCUCCUCCUCCAUGUCCCUGCUCUGCCGCCCCGUGUGCAGGCCUGCCUGCUGCGUGCCCGUCCCCUCCUGCUGUGCCCCCGCCUCCUCCUGCUGUGCCCCCGCCUCCUCCUGCCAGCCCAGCUGCUGCCGCCCGGCCUCCUGCGUGUCCCUCCUCUGCCGCCCCGCGUGCUCCCACCCAGCCUGCUGUGGCCCCACCUCCACCCAGAAGUUCAGCUGCUGAGUGAUCUCCUUAAGAUCAUCCAAAGCCUGAGCGCUCGCUGCCACCUGCACCCCUGGAUUCCUUGCCCUUGAUGGCUGCGUAGCCCCUGCUCCUGAGCCUGCCGUGGCGUCCGUGGUCAGCUGGCCACCCAGCAUGCAGUCCUCCUUCUGGCAGCAGCUCAGCUGUUUCUUCAAGUCUUGACUUUUCCCCAAGUACCCAGCCCUGCCUCCCCAGCAACAGGUGGGCAGUGACCCCAGCAAGGCCAGCCUGGUCCUCCCAGGCCAUGGCCCGGUGUGGCAAGAAGCGAGGGCAGACCCGCGUCAGGUGUGGGUUUCUUGUCGCUGCCCGGCUCAGUGGUGAGGCCGGCCUCUGCCCAGUUGUGGCCUCGGCCUCGUUCUG